AUGGGGUUUUCAACAAACUACUGGUGGCAGUUUAAGAACACAACCGCUCACAUAAAGAAUGAGACCAAUGCCAAAUUUAACGGCACACUAAGUUUUCAUGGCUUUCCGACCCAUUCCGACUUGAGAAGACAAUGGCUGGUAAACAUACGCCGGGAUCAUUUCGCGAUUACCUCUCACACCAGGGUCUGCAGCAGACACUUUGCCAGUGAUCAACUCAUAGAGGCAACAACCCUUGAGGGUCGAAGGCGGCUUAUUAAAGGUGCUGUACCAACACUUUUUGAGUGGAAUGGCUAUAAAGUUGAACCACCGUGGCGUAGUGUUUGGGAGAGAACGGAGCGUCGCCCUGAACUAGUUCCUGUUGACGAUCAAGAAGAGCACAGUCUUACAAGAGAUCAUGACUACUGCUCAGUCCCUGAGCCGUCUGCAUUAGACAUAUCUGCAUCAGCUGCAGAAGACCUGUCCAAAGACGUGGAGACUCUGAGGAAGGAAAUGCAGGAGUUACGUGUCCAGCGAGAAUUUGGGUUACAGCGUUUUGCUGGCUCCGACACUGACAUCCGAUUCUAUACCAGAUUUCCAAGCUAUGAUCAUUUGAUGGCAUUUUGGUUUUUGAUUGAGCCUUGCAUCUAUAAAAUGAUCCGGGUGUCAAGAGCCAAGUCAGCUGCCAAUAGGAACGAAGAAGUGUUGACACCUGCACGCACAUCAACGAGGCAGCUGCUACAGCCAAUUGACGAGUUCUUUCUUUUCCUGGUUUUCCUGUCAGUUGGUUUGAAGGAGAGGGACCUGGCACACCGAUUUAACAUACACCAGUCCACAGUGAGCCGCAUUAUUGCAACAUGGACAAAUUUUCUUGCCACUGCACUGGGGUCUCAAUGCAUCUGGCUUACACGUGAAGAAGUGCAAAGUUCAAGCAAUCAGGCAUUGCUGAGAAGUUGA